ACGUUGGAGGUUCCACUCACCAUCCCAUCCAGAAUUUUCCCAAAGACCACAUGCUUCCCAUCUAGCCAUGGCGCUUUGGUGGCCAGGAUGAAAAACUGAGACCCGUUGGUGUCUGGACCGGCGUUGGCCAUGCUCACCUGCUCAGCGGGCGGCCAUGCUAAAGCCGGGCGACCCGAGCGGCUCGGCCUUCCUGAAGGUGGACCCGUCCUACCUGCAGCACUGGCAGCAGCUCUUCCCUCAGGCUCAGCUGAAAGCUCCUCUGGUCCCGCCGCCCCCCCUUCCUGACCGCCUCUCCAUCCCCGUGGACCCGCUUCGCCCAUCCCGACUGCACAGCCACCUCCUGGCCUCCACGCACUGCACCUCCUCUUCCUCGGCCACAUCCUCCUCAUCUGCAGUAGCUUCAUCAGCGGCCGCUCUCACCCCAUCCUCCUCCAUCUCCAUCUCCACCCCCGCAGGACUCUCCCAGAUCCCUGUCUCUCAACAGAUCGCCCUCUUUGGGCAGGCCCUGGCACCGGUCUGCUCCGGCCCUGUAGGACCCAGAGGAGGAGCGGGAGGUCCAGCAGGAGGAGGCGCGGGAGACCUGGUGGUGGUGGUCCCCCCGGAGAACCAGCAGGGUCACAACGCAGCAGUGGAGCUCCUCCAUCAGGCCAAGGAGCAGAGCUGUGGGGGGGUCGGGGUGGUGUCGUCCAGCGUGAAGAGCAGCGGGGGAGGAGUGGAGGAGGGAGGCAAAGGGGGGAGGUUCAAACUCACUUCAGAGGAGCUGGACUACUACCUGUACGGUCAGCAGAGGAUGGAGAUCAUCCCUCUGAGUAACCACACCGGGGAGGCCAACAACCGUUGCGACAUGUGUGCCGACAACAGGAACGGCGAGUGUCCGAUGCACGGUCCGCUCCACUCUCUGCGCCGCCUGGUUGGCACCAGCAGCACGGCGGCACCCGUCCCGCUGCCGGAUGUCCCUGAUUGGCUGAGAGACCUGCCCAGAGAGGUCUGUCUCUGCACCAGUACGGUUCCUGGUCUGGGUUAUGGGAUCUGCGCGGCUCAGAGGAUCCCUCAGGGAACCUGGAUCGGCCCGUUUCAGGGCGUUCCUCUGCUGCUGGACAAACUGCAGUCCGGACCCGUCAGGAACACCAGACACCUGUGGGAGAUUUAUGACUCAGAAGGAACUCUACAACACUUUAUUGAUGGAAAUGAUCCCAGUAAAUCCAGUUGGAUGAGGUAUAUUCGCUGUGCCCGACACUGUGGAGAGCAGAACAUGAUGGUUGUACAGUACAGGUCCUGUAUCUUCUACAGAGCAUGCAUGGACAUCCCCAGAGGAACGGAGCUGCUUGUUUGGUACAACGACUCCUACACCUCCUUCUUCGGCAUCCCGCUGCAGUGCAUCGCUCAGGAUGAAAACUUAAACGUCCCGGCUACGGUGGUGGAGGCCAUGUCCAGACAAGAGUCCCUCCAGUCCCUAAGUAAAAAUGGAAAGCCUUCCUCUUCCUCCUCGUCUUCCUCCUCCACCCUCCCGGCCACGCUGCUGAGGUCCAUGGUCUUCCCCCACUCUCCGUGUCCUCGAAGUUUCUCGCUGCUGGACAAGGUCGGCGUCGGAGUCCAGUCCGACUCCACGUUUGGUCAGCUGGGUUCUAAAAACCAGCGAGUCCUGGCGAGUCCCACCUCUACCAGCCAGCUGAGCAGCGAGUUCAGCGACUGGCAUCUGUGGAAGUGUGGUCAGUGCUUCAAGACCUUCACCCAGAGGAUCCUGCUGCAGAUGCACGUGUGUCCUCAGAACCCUGACCGACCGUACCAGUGUGGCCACUGCUCCCAGUCCUUCUCCCAGCCUUCGGAGCUCCGGAACCACGUGGUGACCCACUCCAGCGACCGACCCUUCAAGUGUGGCUACUGCGGCCGGGCGUUCGCCGGCGCCACCACCCUCAACAACCACAUCCGCACGCACACCGGAGAGAAGCCGUUCAAGUGCGAGCGCUGCGACCGAAGCUUCACUCAGGCAACCCAGCUCAGCCGCCACCAGCGACUUCCCAACGAGUGCAAACCAGUGAAUGAGAGCAGCGAGUCCAUCGAGGUGGAUUAACCUUUGACCUUUCAGCCACGGAGCCCAGCAUUAAGUCAGAUACCUUUAAACAUUUUUGUCUCUGUUGUCCUCUUCCUCCACACUAAGCCAACAUCUUUACGCUGAUGAUGUUCAGGUUUUUGCCCAGAAUUCAUUUUGCUUCGAGCUGUAAAGGUAAAACUAAGUUGUUUUAUUCUGAAACCAAAAACUCUGAGGUCUUUGAUGUAAAUUGUUAAAAAUGACCUCUGACCCUAAAUAAAUCUCACCCAAACACUUGGAGGGUGUUCAGGCUAAAAUCAGAAUAAUACUGGUUUAUAAACGGUGACUCGGCGUUUACAUGUAGCACCAAGUUUAAUUUCGUUCAGCCUUCUGAUCUUCGGAUUAAUGAACAUUUUUUAUUUUAUCUAGUUAUUUGGAGUUGAAACAACCUCAUUAAAAAAUCUUUAUUUUUUAAACUUUUAAUUGUUUAAAAAUGGAAAAUAUAUUUAGCCAUUUAAUAAUUUCAAAAAAUCCAAACGUUCUUUGAAAUUUAAAGAAUCAAUUUGAAACAUUAUUAAAUUAGAAAUUAGAAAAAAUUCUUCCCCAAAAUGAUGAUUAUAAUAAUAUAGGUGGUUUAAUUACAAGUUUUAAUUUUUCUCAUUGCGACACAAACUUUCACCGAUAACUUUUUUAUCAAUAUAACAUUUUCUUUUUCAUUUAUUAAAAAAAAACCUCCUCAGACAGUUUUAAGUUUUAAUCCUUAAUUAGGAAAUGAAAUGAUCAUUAAAAUCCAGUUAUUUGUGUUUUAGGAACAUUUGCUGCUGUUUAUAAUGUAUAAUGAAAAACUGAUUAAUUAAAGCAAAUUAAUUAAAACUAAAAUCUGAGGUAAAAUUAUUUUAUUCAGGUUAAAUGUUUAUCUGGCUUAGUGUGAAUGUAGAGAGAAAUCCGAACUAAAUCCACCUGCUGGAAGGAAUUCUGAUCCAACCAAACCAAAGAUUCUGUUUCCACGGAGACCCGAAACUCCAGACCAAACGGAACCGUUAUGGAUGCGGAUAUUUAAAAAGACUUUUGGGAAUCCUGACGUGUUUCAUUACGAAGAGAACUUUGUAAAAAAAAAAAAAAGCUGGGACAAACUUUCUGAAAAACUAAAACUUCUCUGGAUUUCUUUAUUUUUCUUGAAAGCAUCGAAGCCAAAGGAGGAAACAAAGCAAACGUACCCAAGGAGCAGAACCAACACGACUUUAUGCAUCGUAGAAAAAGACUAGAACAUAAAUUAUAUUUAUCUUCAUGUCAUGCUGCAGCACUUUGGUUUGGCUGGUAGAUUUUUUGCAACUCUAAUGAAAAAAAUAACCCCAGAAGAGUCUCUUAUAGAAACAGGGAGUCUAAGUCACGCCCAUCUACUUCCGGACCACGGGUCCCCGGAAGAACGAAAAAAUGAAUGCAAGUCAACGGGGCUAAAAAUGCUAUUUUCUAAUUCCGCUCGUUUUGUGCCAUGGAUUUCACAUGUGAUGUCCGUGAAUUUUAAAGAGACAUUUUGGUACCAAGAACGAGCUUAUUUUUGAACAGGGGGAAACGAUAUUUUAGGUGUUGUGUAAAAAUAAGUCCAGGACAACAAAUGUGCUUUACGAAAGUGAUGUCAUCGAACCAGACACGGAGAAAACUGAGGGAAAAUGGCUGUAAGUUCAGCAAACGUCACACAGGAGGAAAGAACCACCAUAAAUCUGGUCAUGUGGUGAUUCUGGUCAUGAGGAGAUUAUGUGGUGACGUCACAUAUGCAACGUGCCGAUUUCUAGUUGGUAGUCAUGCUAAUUACGAACUUUUACAAGCUGAUGAAUCUCAAAGUACGUGACUGGCGUGGUCGAAACACCCAUCAUUACUUUUCAUUUAAAUUGCAGUACAACAUAUGUGUGAUCAAGAGCGUAAGGCAAAGCGGGUUAGAAAAUAGCUCUUUUCAGGGACCCAUGAGCCAACCGGAAAGGGAGGAGACUUAGGCUCCCUAUAACCGGACUCCGGUGGGAACGAGGCCGGGAAACAGGAACUGUUCCUGUUCCUGUUUUAUUCAUGAAAGUUCUCCUCUCAGCGUCCAAAGGACGAACAAACCAAGUACUUUAAGGCUGGAGAAAUGUUGUUUGAGAGUUUAUUUGUAACCCGAAGCCGGUUUAGGUUUGUCCCCCGGAAACCUCAGAUGUGUAAAAAGUCCUGGAGACUCACUUUGUAUCAGCCGGGGUGCAAACAUUCGUUAAACCAAAAAGGGUUUUGUGCCUGAAAGUUAAAAACAAAAAACUUUAAACCGUUAAUGAAUUAAAAAUUAACUUCUUACAUCCAAAGACCAGCGCCGUCUGGAAGCUGAGGGUCCCAAAACCUCUGGAAGAAUUAAAAAAGAUGACUUUUUGUUUUGUCCAGCAGUUUAAAUUGUUGCUGCGCCUUCACAACAAAUGCACGUCUGUUUAAUAGUGGUGUACAUCUCUACCUGCCUCACAUUUCGAUCCGAUUCUGAUUAUCUGCCUAAAGAUUCUAUUUGAGUCUGAAAUGCAUCACGAUUCUUCACACAAAAUUUUUCAUUACUUAAUAAAAGCAGUAGAAUAGUUUUCAAUUUAUUUUUUAUUUCGAUAUCUCUGAAAAACAGAACAUACAUCUAUUCACUAUAGUCAGCAACAAUUUUUAAAGUGUGCUGCCUAUAAUUACUUAAAUAAUAUAAGAAAUAAUGUUUUCGGUAGAGCAGCCUUUAGGUAGAAUACUACUGAACUUAAAAAUAGUAAACAAAGACUGUGUUAAGUGAUUCUUUCACAUCCAGGAUCCCAAAACCGAAAUUAGCCCAGACAUCUGAUUUAAAUGUAACGGGUGCUUCUUUGAUUACUGGUAAUGUUCGCCCUGUAUCCCUGUCCGCCAUUUGUUUUAAAUUGACGCUAGGGCAACGCAGUGCGCAUGUCAUUGCAACUCAGCCCCCAGAAGCAGUUGUAAAAACUCAAAACUUUAUUGUCCUCGCGCAUCCAGAACAUAAACAACAUAGACAUAGACAUGGAGAGAAAAUUUCAUUUUGUCACGUUGCUGCAUCGAUGCAGAAUCAUGCACGGCUGAAUGGCGAUGCAUCUUAGAAUCGAUCAUUUUUCCCACCUCUACUGUUUUAUGAUGGUCGCAAUUACCAAAGAUUCUUAGUUUAUGCAAGCAGCCGGGUUUUUGUAAAACCAAAGCUCCUCCCCCGCCCAUCUAGGAAAGUAACUUGGGUCCACACCACCUCGUUUCCAGCAAGAAAAAAAUCCAGGACAUUUUGAAAAGCAUUCAUCAUACCAAGCUUGUAAGUGGCGGUAGUUCCCUAAAUCGUCAGCGUCAUCGACGAAAAACGUUCCUUGGGCGUGGAAUAAUGAGGUGGUGGGUGGGUACAACCGUCCCUGUGGGGUUUCACAUAGAGCAGUUACUGAGCUUGGGAAAAACAACCGAAACCUAAAAUCCCAGUUAUUUACAAGCAUGUUGACUGAGGAGAAUUCAUAAAGACUAAUGGUUUUAACGGUUUUGAAAAAGUCGAUUUUGGUGCCGGACAUUUUCACUUGGAUGUAGAUGUCACUUGCCAAAUCAUAAAAAUAUCUUUGUUUUUUGGGAUACCCGGGUACGUGUGUACAGGGCCUGAAUGUUUGCAGACAUUCCAGGUGAAUUCCUGCAGCGUUGUUUAGAACCACCGGAGAAUUCCACCGGCGGCUCAUCGCACAUUCGUGCGCACAUUUGUCAAAAGCAUACAUUCUACGAAACCUCGACUUUGAGACCAAACUAAGAACAAUUGAAGUGGCAGUUGAGACAUUUUGGCGACUAAAUUGCAACAAGAACUUUUCCGCAGCGACAUCAUCAUCCCUAAUUGAGCCAACCAAAGAUAAAACUUAUAAUAAUUUCGCUUCUCCGAUUGCUGUCGACUCGCUGAGGAAGCAGGUUUAAGGUCCAGCACCUGAACCAGUUGCUGUGGAGAUGUCUACGGGUUUCAGGUUUCUGAGUUUUUACCUGCUGAGAGAAACAAUCAGCAGCGUGAGGAAAAUAAACCAUUUGAGUUUCAGAGACUCGGAUUAGAUUCUUGUGGGUUCGAUCUCCUCUUAAAACGUGACAAAUAUCUGAAGUUGGACAAAACAUUUAGUCUAGGUGUGAAUUUCAUUUUAUUUAGAAAAUCCAGGAGCUUAUUGAACUCUUUACAGAUUGUUCCAGUUUGUGGAUUCAGAUGAGCUGAUGAUGUAAAUACCAUUGGUGCGGGGGGUUGGGUCCUGACCCGUUUAUAAAACAAACAGAAUUCUUUUACAGUGAAGUGAAACCUGCUCACUGACCCGCUGAUGGCAGGUCGAGGUGUUUUAUUGGUCUAUUUUAAUGUGAUCUUGUUUGCAUGAUUUCCUAAAUCUGUUUUUUUUUUAAAUUAAACAAUCGGACAGACUGAGCUCCAAAAGCAGGAAGAUUUUGUUCCACUGGAAAUAAAACAGAAAUCCAGUUUGGAUUCUUAUCAGAAA